CUGUCACACAGAGUCCUGCUCUGCCCCUAAAGACAAACAAAGUCAAGUAAUUCUGCUCCUGCCAGCAGCAUCACCUCAUGGUUUACCUCCAUCUGAGCAUCCCUGUAGUUGUAGCAGCCUGGUAGCUGUAGCAGCCUGGGGCAAUGCAGCACCAUGCCCAAGGCAGGACCCCACCAAUGAACCGCCACAUCCCUCCGCAUGUCGCUCCACCUCCCUCUUACGUCCCUUCACGUCAUCCUUCUGGCCAGUAUGACUGGAGCAAGCCUGAUCAUCCUUCUGGCCAGUAUGACUGGAGCAAGCCUGAUCACACGGAAGAGCAGCAUGUGCAGGAGCAGCGAGUCAGCUUUAUGGAGGUGGGGAGGACAAUGUUGGAGAAGACUAAGAAGGCGAUCAAGAUUCGUAACUGUACCAUGAGGGAGCUGCUGGCAGAAGCACUAGGAACAUUCAUCCUCAUGGUUUUUGGCUUGUCCUCUGUGGCACAAGUGGUAUUGGGAAAAGGAAACACUGGUCAGUAUCUGAGCAUCAAUAUGGCAUUUGGCAUUGGUGUUACCAUGGGCAUCUAUGCGGCUAGAGGAGUAUCUGGAGCUCAUCUGAAUGCUGCCAUCACCAUUACACAAUGGGUUUUAGGAAACCUCUCCUGGACAAAGCUUGCAGCUUAUAUAACCGGCCAGUUCCUGGGCUCCUUUAUGGCAGCAGCCACCGUCUUUGCCCUCUACUAUGAUGCUAUUUACGACUACACCCAAGGAAACCUUACAGUGUCAGGACCAACUGCCACAGCGAUGAUCUUUUCCACUUACCCUGCUCCCAGUGUAUCCUUGCAGGGAGCCUUCUUCACAGAGUUUACAGCAACAGUUAUGCUGAUCCUGGGCGUUCUAGUCAUCCAGGAUGAGAAAAACAACGCAGCCUUGAAAGGCGCUCAGCCCAUGCUCUCGGGUAUGCUGGUCCUGGGCAUUGGUCUGGGAAUGGGGCUGAACACAGGCUAUGCCAUAAACCCCUCCAGGGACUUGCCCCCCAGGAUCUUCACGGCAAUGGCUGGCUGGGGAAUGGACGUCUUUACGGCUGACCAUUCCUGGUGGUGGGUCCCAGUUGCAGCUCCAAUUCUGGGAUGUCUUGCUGGUGUUUUCAUCUACAAAGCCUGCAUUGGUUUUCACAACGAACCUGACCAUGAAACUGAAAAUAAGAAAGAAGAGGCAGGCACAGAGACUUCCAAACUGUGACGGCCACGUGCUUUGAUGACACAUGUGAAGGGCACAUCUGUUUAUCCACCAUGAAGGUGGACAGACGAGGGACUAGAUUUCAGUAAACCUACUCUGCUUAAAUGGACAAACUUGGUAUCUGAGAUAUUGGGCAGACCUGCACAGGGCUAGACCAGACUGUGACCUGAAGAAAUUAUUCAAUCUCUCUGUAUGAAAAAAAAAAAUAAAAAUAAGAUAAACCAAAA